CCUUCUCCAGCCUGUGUGUCAGUGGGGUUGUGCAGGGAGCCUGCUUUCUCGGGGUAGCUACACAUGGCAGCAAGCCUGGACAGACUGAGCCCUAGUGAAGCUUUUUCAGCCCCCGAUGAGAAUGAGUUCCCCUUUGGAUACCCAGCCCACAUCUGCCAGGACUCUCCACCAUCCAAGUACCUGUGCUGCAGUUGCCAAAACGUGCUGAGAAGGGCCCAGCAGACGCUGUGUGGACACCGCUACUGUGCCGCCUGCCUCUCCUGGAUCGUCAGAAGCAGCAAGAAUCCAAUUUGCCAGAAAUGCAAGGAGGAGGAUCCGCAGGUAGUGAGCGAAGAAAGCUUAUUAACGGAAGAAAAGGCUUUUAGUGACGCCGCCAUUAACAAGGAGAUUUCUGAACUAAAUGUGCACUGUUUGACUCUGGGAUGCAGCUGGACUGGUCUCAUGAAAAAUUUUGAGGACCACCAGGCAGUGUGUGACUGUGCCUUGAUCCCCUGCCAUGCCGGCUGUGGUCUCAUGAUCAUGAGGAAAAAGCUGCCUGAUCAUUUGGAAAAUGGAUGUGCCAAGAGCCCAACCACAUGUCUGAAGUGUAAACAGACAUUUUGCAGCAUGGAGUACCAAAAACACGUGUGCCAAGGCAGCUCAUGUAAGGACCCUAAAGAAACCAGUACAGAAACAGGCCCUGAAGACAAGCCUGGCUCCGCAGCAUCCAGGAUCCAGGACGGGUGUCCCUUCUCGGUGGUCGGCUGCUCCUUUAGGCAGGGCAGCAGGGAGAAGGUGAAGGAACACGAGAAGUCUUCCGUGGUCAUGCAUCUGGGGCUGCUGCUGCAGGCUGUCAACCAAACAAAGGCCAAUGAAGAGGGAAAGUUCCAGGCCUCCCCACAUCUCCCUGCCUCUGAGCGGAAGCUGAAGCACAUGGAGAGAAGCUUGUCAGACCUACAGAUCCAGGGGGCCGUGGAAGUCAACGGAGAUCUGGAGGUAGACUGUUUCCACACGAUUUCGUCCGACUGCGAGGAAGAGUUGGCCCUGCAGAGGUUCAUGCGGGAGAAGCUGAUCUCCGAUCUGGAGGAGAAGCUGCAUGUAUUCGAGAACAUCGUCGCCGUCCUCAACAAGGAGGUGGAGUCUUCUAACAUGGCCAUCGCGGCCUCCGUCCACCAAAGCGAACUCGAUCGGGACAUGAUCUUAAGACUAGAGCAGAGGGUGUUGGACUUGCACCAGACGCUGGCCCAGAAAGACCUCGCCCUGGCCAGGCUGAAGCAGAGCCUGCAGUUCUCCGAGCUGGCUUCAUACGACGGCAUCUACUUAUGGAAGAUCACCGACUUCUCCAGGAAGUGUCGUGAAUCUCUGUGCGGCCGGACGACCAGUUUGUUCUCCCCAGUCUUCUACACUGCCAGGUAUGGCUACAAAGUAUGCCUGAGGGUCUAUCUGAAUGGAGAUGGCACAGGCAAGGGGACACACAUCUCACUGUUCUUUGUGAUCAUGAAAGGGGAGUACGAUUCCCUGCUGCAGUGGCCUUUUCGCAAUAAGGUGACAUUCAUGCUGCUCGACCAAAACAACAGGGAGCAUGUGAUCGACGCGUUCCGCCCGGACCUGAACUCGGCUUCGUUUCAGAAGCCACAGGGCGAAAUGAACGUGGCCAGUGGUUGCCCCAUGUUCUUCCCGCUGAAUAAGCUGCAGUCGCCCAAACAUGCCUACGUGAAAGAUGAUACCCUCUUCCUCAAGUGCAUUAUUGAAACCAACUCAUAGGCCCCAGAGCCUGGGCUCAGAGGAGCAUGGAAGGCGGGUCAGAGCUGAGCAGUGCUCCUGGUCUCAUUCUCCUCUCAAACCUUUGGUGGUGUCGUUUCAUGCCUUAGACGCUGGCCAGCUGCCUCAGAACUCGGAGUCUGGGUGGGAAUUUUGUGAUGUCUCUGUCGCUCUGCAAGUUGUGGCCUUAAAAUCUACCUUUUAUUACUAUUUGGUUGUCCGGCAAAUUGCACUGAACUUCUCUUCCAGCUAGCCAGCCAGGUGAUGUAUUGGUUUUGAGAAGCCGGCAGGACAACCCUGUCUGUUUCAGCCAGCUGCCAUAAUUCCCUGCAUGAUGUUCCCUUUGGCAUCCAACUUCCUCUCUCUUCACCACUGGCAUCUUUUCUUUACCUUCACAGUAACUCCCAGCCCUUGGUGACCUCUUUCCUGUCUCCUCCCAAUCUACCAUCCUGUUUCCUAACUCCUCAGCUAUCCUUCCCCCAUCUCUGGGCCAAAGAACUCUCAGGAAUCCCCAGUCCCUCUGAUUUGAUGAUAUUUCAGAUUGUACCAUGUAUAGCUUUGACUUUAUUUUAGGCAAGGGGAAAGAGGUACUAGAAUAUCCCACUAUCUCCUGCAUUUCUGGCUUUCCUCCUUUUCAAGAAAAAGCUCUAGAGUACUGCAAUCUGGAACUUUCUUCCACUCACGCCGAGAAUCUAGAGAUGCCCAUUGUCAAUGGAUGCAAUUUGCCUGUCACCGUUUCUUCCAUUCCCUUCAAAAGAGUGUGCCAUAUGCAGUCCUUAUGCAGUUACCAAGGGCCAUGUCCAGUAGACUACCCUGUGUUAUUUAUUUAACUGUUCUAUUUUGUUCAUUGUCAGUGUCCGAGUCACUGGGAAAAAAAAAGCAUUUUUUU